AUGUCUUCCAAAAUAAUUCAACACUUUCGUAGGGCUGUUUUUCCGAUUUGCUUCGUUAACCAUCGAGUACGAUGCCUUCAGUCGCCGAGUCUUAUGUUAAGGAAUUUGAGAUCUGACUUAUCUCAAUUAUCACUUUCGAGACAUUAUGCAAACUCUUCACCUCCCGAAGAGUCUACAUCGUCCUCCUACCUGAAAAAAUCCACAAAAUACAUAGCAAAACGACUUCGAGCUGCUAUAUUGGCGAACAUAAUUGUAACCGGCCUUGUUGGUUUUAUAUCUGUGGACCUUAUGUGUGCUUGGUACCGAAAUAGACGUAAUGUGCGUCUUCUCAAUGAAACAAUGGAAAAAGGCACUCGACCUGGAACGGAAAUUUCAAGUGAAAAAUAUGUUCCUAGACCUGAAAUUGUAGAACGCCUUAAAAAAAUUUUUCAACCCGACAAAGAUCAAUCAUUUUAUCACAUGGUUUGCGGCGAACAUGGAACUGGGAAAACUACGCUGACAAGGAUCGCAUCGAGUGAAGUUGGACGUGGGGUUAUAUACGUUAAUGUUCCAGCAAACCUUGACAAGUUUGGUGACGAAUUUGAAAGCGCCCUUAAUUUUACAUUCGAGGAAAGGUUUUCUUUUACAGGACAGCUGAUGCGAAAUAUAUUAGGCGAAACUAAUGAUAAACUUAAGAUUUCUAAAUGGGAGAGAGCUCUAGAAGUCUUUAAGCGUGCUGGUGUAGUAUACAAAGCAAAGCAUAAUAUACCACCGGUUAUCGUUUACGAUAAUAUUAGCCGGUUGGUUCAUAAGAAUCCGGAAAUCCUUGAUAUCCUUCAAGAUGAUGCCAAUGAUAAUGCUGAUGACAGAAAUUAUAUCGCUGUGUUUGUCAGCAGUGAAGGGAAUGUCCCGAGAAGAAUGCAGUCACGUAGUUCUUGGUCACGUACAGAAGAACCAAUCGAAAUUGGAGACUUCUCCAGAGAAGAAUCAUUGAACUAUCUUAUUAAACGUGGAAUCAAGAUCGAUGCCGCAGAGAAAUUAUUUGACUUGGUUGGUGGACGCAUUGUAGAUCUUAAGGUUAUAGCAGAUAAAUAUCUAAAAGGAAUACCCAUUGAAGAUAUUGAAUUCACAAUUUUAACGAAAGUCGAAAACAAAUUUAGAAUUGCAAAACUUCUUAAAAAUCAUAAACAUUAUGAAGUAGGAAAACGUAUUAUCAGUGCUUUGCAAGAUUCCGGAGAGCUUAGUCGUACCGCAUUCGAGGAAUUUUUCAAUGAGCGCCAGGAAGCCAAUGAAGUAUUGGGAACCAAU